AUGUACUCCUUAUCAAAGUUCAGCGACGGCCCCAUGCCGCAGUCAACGGCGCCCAACGCAACAGCAGCUCAAAACAUUGGAGAACUAAUGCAGGCAUGGUUCCGCACCUGUCACGAGAACGUACGUCCAGCAGAUGGCAAGUUCAAGAUCUUAGCUCGAAUGGUUGAAAUACCGCCACCGGAGGAGGGAGAUGCAGGUGAGCUCGGUGAAGAAGCAGUCUCCGGUCUCACAAACAUGUUCCAGAUCGCCCGCGGCUUAGGUCACCACAAAGAGAUUGCUGACAGGCUGGCAUGUGCCGACGAGUUGUGCAAGGUACUUGCGAAAGCCACAACUAACAUGGACGCCGCGUGGUGA